UGUGUAUUGUAGCGGAGGUGGUGGAGACGUACCGGCACCUAGGGAAAAUCUCAAAGCGAGACAGACCGGCAAUUGUGCAAAACCGGAAUACUCUAUUAUCACUUUGUCAGAUCGCCGGUAUCGAGUUAAGAGUUUUUAAGUACAGUACUGUAAACGAACAGCUUUUCCGUCUUUAUCAGGUAGCACUGUCAGUCAGUGGUGAUUUCUGCCAGGUGUUUUGGCAAAUUUCCCUGAGGCACUUUACAUUUCACAUACUUUAUUUUUGCUUUCAUAGCAAUAAUUUUAAAAAAAAGUGCUCCUGUCGUACUUCAUCGCUGGCUCAUUCCCAUGGUGCAGUGCCGAAAGAUUGAUUAAUAUUUUUUCAAAUUAAAUACUAUUGCGGUGUCAGAUAAAAUUAGAUCAUGUCUAGCGGAGGUUGUUGUGGAAAUGGCGAUCAAGUUCUGUCGCCGCUGCAGUCCAUGUCACUGCCACGGGAAAAGAUUUUAUACGUUUUGUGUCUCCAGCCGGAAAACAACGAGCACAAUAAGCCGGGAUAUUUGGCAACGGUAGAUGCUGAUCCAGAAUCCAAGGAUUACGGAAAGGUGAUCCAUCGCCUGUAUUCCUCGGAUCCCCGCGAUGAGCUGCACCAUUUCGGAUGGAACAGUUGCGUCAGUUGCCGGCAUCCGUCCAUUACGCGCCGCUUCCUCAUCAUUCCCGGUCUGCAGAGCGGCAACAUCCACAUUGUCGACGUGGCUACCGCCAACGCGCCGCGCUUACACAAAGUCAUCGAUGGUGCCCAGAUUGCCCAGCGCUUUGACAUUCAGUAUCCGCACACCGUGCAUUGUCUGCCGUCGGGAGAGAUUAUGAUCUCCUACAUGGGCGAUCAGCAGGGCAAGGGCAAAGGUGCCUUUCUGCUGCUGGACGGCGAGACCUUCGAGCCGAAAGGGUUGUGGAAUAAGAACAGCCAGGAUAUUAUGGGAUAUGACUUCUGGUAUCAGCCACGCCAUAAUAUUAUGGUCUCCAGCGAAUUUGGGUAUCCGCAAAGUUUCAUGAAGGGUUUCAACAUGGAAGACGCCACGACUAACCAGAUAUUGGGCCAUUCUUUGCACUUUUGGGACUGGAAUAAGCACACAAUUAUUAAAUCCAUGCGCCUGGGUGACGCGAACGGUCCCACUGCGAUCCCUCUGGAAGUCCGUUUCCUGCACAAUCCCGACGCCAGCGAGGGCUUUGUGGGCGUAGCACUGGAAUCUGUAGUCUACCGUUUCUUCCGUCAGGACGGUGAAUGGACAUGUGAACCGGUUAUCAAAAUCCCACCAAAAUUCGUCGAUAACUGGGCAUUGCCCUUUAUGCCCGGCCUUAUCUCCGACAUUCUCAUUUCCCUGGAUGACCGCUUUCUAUACUUUGCUAAUUGGUUACACGGAGAUGUUAGACAAUAUGAUAUCUCCGAUACAAAACAUCCCAAAUUCGUUUCUUCGGUUUUCCUGGGAGGUCUGAUCUGCAAGGACACUGGCGUUAAGGUCACAAAAGACCAGGAACUGGAUACACAGCCAGAGAGGCUGGUCGUGAAAGGUCAUCCUAUAUGGUCGGGUCCUAAUAUGCUGCAGUUAUCCCGAGAUGGCAAACGGUUAUACGUUACAUGUUCUCUGCUGACGCCAUGGGAUAAGCAGUUUUAUCCGGAACUGGUGAAGAAAGGCAGCGGAAUCAUUAUGUUAAACUGCAGUCCCCAAGGAAUGACGGUCGAUCCGGAGUUUUACGUCGAUCUGUCCAGCGAACCGGAUGGGGCCAUUCGCGGUCAUGAAGUGCGCUAUCCGGGUGGCGACUGUUCUUCGGAUAUCUGGGUGUAACUGGAUAAGGAAUUCGGAAAGAUAUAAUGGCCGGUUGUUUUAUUGUUUACUGCUUGAACUUAUUCUUUAAUUAAGUGCUGGAGUAUGAUUAAAAGGCCAAAUAACAAAUUCGAUGUUCUGGGUGUUCAUGUGUUUAACACACCGUUGAUAACUAAUGAUUUCGGUAAAGAACAAUUUUCAAUAUUCCAGGAUCCAGUUCACUAUUUUUAAGUUAAGGUACCUGCCAGCUACUAACAAAUUUUGUUGUUCCACAAAAUCAUUAAAGAGAGUGAUAUG